AUGGUCUGGGAGAGGCAGCUCCCAAUCAGGAGAAGAGCCCAGGUCAGAAGUUCCUCCAGGACACAGUCUCUGGUGUGGGAGGCUGAGGAGGAGCUGGUGGAGGAGGAGGCUGGAGAGGAGGCCAUGGGAACAUGGAGCUGGAGGGCAGUGUUGUGCCCUAGAAGGAGCACAGGACCAACUCCCCAGGAGCUGUUCUUCACCCUGUUGAGGGCUGAGAACCCUGGAUAUCCUCUCCAAGAGGUGACAGGGAGAGAGGGUAGGUUUUUCCUGCCAUCCGUGAAGGCUAAAGAUGCUGGGAGCUACAGCUGUUUUUAUUCUGAGAAGAGAUCCCCAGAGAGGAGGUCAGAGACCAGUGAAAGCCUGGAUUUGGUGGUAACAGGUAAGAAGCUGAUCAGGCCCUCCCUGACAGUCGAGCCCAGCUCCAGCGUUUCUCUGGGAGAAAAGGUGACGUUCUGGUGCCAGGCAGCAUCCUGUGGCAUCAGAUUCACUCUGCACAAGGAGGGAGAGGACAUGCCUGUGGACACCAUCAAUUCCACCCAGGACAAGGCUAGAUUCCUCAUCCCUCGUGUGACCAGCAAGCACAGUGGGAGCUAUAGCUGUCUCCAUCACCCUGGAGAGGACAUCCCCACCCCAGCCCGGCGCAGUGAGCCCUUGGAGCUUUCAGUGUAUGGGGAAAGUGAUGAGCCUUUUCCAGAAAAAGGCUCUACCCGGCCAUCUUAUACUGUGAACAAUUUCAUUUGUAUCAGCUUGGCUGCAUUGGUUCUUGCUGUGAUCAGUAUGGUUCUGAGCUAGGACUGUCACCGCACAAGGAGUUGAGAAGAAGCCAGAGUAUCUCUGCCUAGAACAGCAAAGCUGGACAGACAGAAAGCACAUUUUGAGAUCAAAGGGUUGUAUGGAGUUCAAGUUAUCCAUCAUAUUUUUUGGCCCAAGAAACCAGCCUGCUCUGGGAAGCAUAAGGGGGCUUGGACCGAAAUAAGCUGAUGUCUGGAGCCUACCACAGGGAGUCUUCUGUUCCAUUCCAAAGUCCCAAUAAAAUUUCCUUCCU